GGUUUGCCAAAACAAUAAUAAACAUCAGUUCACAACGUGCGUUCGACCGUCUCGUAUGAUUUCUCUGCCGUCUUUUGUAAUUUCGUUAUCGUCUUCGCGUUUAAACACUCAUAACGGUUUUUUUUUCAAAAUUUAUACUCGUACCGCUGGCCGUCGAUACGAUAUUGAUAUCGCCGACGAUUUGUUCGUCUUAACUCAUAGACCAGCCACUGGAUGCUUUCAAAUUAUUCACAUACGUGAACGCUGCACGUGUUCUGAGACCGGAACCCUCACGGGCUACGAGUUGUGUUAUUUUCAAAAGAUAUUCUUUCCACCCUGCAGUGAUUCGGAAUUUUAUUGAACGCUGUCUUUACGUAAUGGUGCGUUACGGUAACAUGACUGAAAAUAUUAUUUUACAAUAGAGAUCAAAGUCUUGUAGUACAAGAACACACAAUAUGAUGACAAUUGGAAUUUUAACGAUCAUUGUUUUUGGCGUGUCCGUCAUCGUCACGGAUGGGACGAAAUGCGUCAAAUCGAAAGACGCCAAAGGGUGGUACGUCAACUGUGCCUAUCAAGAACUUACAUCGGUACCCAACGACGAGUUGGAAGACGUCGAGACGUUUAACCUGGAGCACAACUACAUCGGCAAGUUGCUCAACAACAGUUUCGCCCCGUACCCGAACAUCAAGCAUCUGAGACUGGCGUUCAACCAGGUGCACACCAUCGACCCCGUGGCGCUGGCGUCGCUCAGCGAGCUGGACUAUCUGGACCUGACGCAAAACGCCGUCAAGGCGGUGCCGGCCGGACUGCCCAAAUCGCUGACCCACCUGAACCUGAACGCGAACCCGGUGGAGGACGUGCGGCAACUGGUCUCCGCCGUCGGACUGCGAACGCUGCAGCUCAGGGGCUGCGACCUGAAAGCGUACCCGGCGCUGGGCGUCAUGCCCAACCUGGUCACACUGGACGUGUCCGAGAACGGCGAAAUCGCGGACCUGGACCCGGCCCAGCUGGCGGUCACGUGCCGCCUGGCCCGGCUCAACGUGACGGGCGCCACCAGGCUGUUCCGGCCCGGCCAGCCGGGCGCCCACUGCCGGUGCCGGCGCGUCGUCCAGUGGACCGAAACGCACAAGGUGGCCGUGUACGGUCUGGGCCACCCGGUCCAGUGCCCGGAACCGGUGGACGGGGACGGCGAGGCCGACGAGCGCGACGACCCGAACAGCGACGCGUGCGCCCGGACCCCGGAACAGGCGCUGGCCGUGUUCAAGGAGUGCAUGGCCGAGUGGGAGCACCGGAACACGCCGUACUGGGCCAUCGGCUCGGGCCUGGCCAUCGCCGUGGCCCUGAUGGUCGCGCUGUGCGUGUGCUUGCGCCGCCGCCGGAGGAGACGCCGCCGCGGCACCGGCGCCGACAACGUGAAGGGCGGCCCCCAAUCGCCGCCGUCGUCCGACGUCAAGGCGGCCAACAACGACUCGGCCGGCAACAACAAGACCGAACCGGCCGCGCUCCUGUCGUCGGCCGCGUGAAAUCGCCGUCGUCGUCGUCGUCGUCUCCGUCCGAUUUCUCCGCGUUUCAAAUAUUUUAUUUCCUUUUCCUCCCCACCCUCCCCCCUCCUUUUUAACAAAUUCAUCAGCGUCGCAACGGCUACCGUAUGAGAUAAUACGUCGGGCGCGUUGUGAUAAUGUACGCGUUUGUGUGUAUACAUUUAUACGAACGCCGCGAUUUAUGUAUACAUAAAUGUUGAAAUUUUAUUAUUA